GCAGAGCAAGAUACUACCUAUACAGGAAAAAGUAUGCUACCACUAAAAGCUACAUUAUCUCACAUAUGAGGAUCGGUACCAAGGACUUCACCCAUACUUACCCAGAUGUUCUCGGUCGCCAUCGCCAGCUUUGUCGGAACCGGGCUAUCCAUGGCAGCAAGAAAGGAUCAGUCGCAAAUUUUGUGCCAAACAGUGGUGUUGCAUUAAAAGACUCAAUCUCCAUGGUGUUGUGUUGGAUCACCGCCUCCCCGGAUGAAACUGCGUCGACUUGGGCAUUUGUCUCUCUCCGGAUGCGUGCCUCGUCUGACUCAGCCUCUAGAAGUAUAUCGUGUGAACACUAUCAAAGUACAACACCUCCUGAGGUUUCCUUCGAUACCUGCCGCACUUGACAUCGUAAUUCUACUACCUCUGCACGAGCCUGGUCACGCUCUUCCAUAAGAAUUUCUUGCUCGGCCGCAUGCUCUUCCUUAAGUAGUGUCAUCUCCUGUAGCAACGCUACUUCAGAAGUUUUCUAUAUUUGAAGCCUCUUUGGAGUGACCGUAACUUGACUUUGAGCGUCCUGGAGGAGUGUCUGGAGCUUGUUGACAGGAUCCCCGCACCUACUGCAUUUCGUUCAACUGUCACAAUCUCUUACAUGGCUUUCACCACAUGACUCUCUAUCUCCGUGUCAUAAUGAUUCAUCUGCAGUAAAUACUAUGGUUAGAUAAUUCAUUACAACAUACAUUAUCUAAAAAUAGUAAAAUUAACUGCUUUUGCGAUAUCGCAAAGCAAAAGCGGCAUCCUCGCCUUCAAGAGAAGGAAAUUGACCUCUCAUAUCACACAAGGUAUGGUAGUUCAAAAUUGGUGGGACAUCUAUUUGUCCUCCACCCGAGGUGCCGGGAUCACCUAUAGGACGGGGCUCUGACCUCUGAUAUGUCCUCGCCAUUUAGGGGUAGCUCUGCUCGCCCUCACCGCCUCACGGUUGGGACAACUUGAGCUACCAGCUUCGUAAUUUCUUCUAAAGGUUGGCUCAGGCCUCUUGUAUCUACGUGGAGAGAAACGAUGCACUCGCUUGUUUUGACCACUAAUCAAUGUAGGUAUUGUCGGUCCCACACUUUUUUAUUUGUUUAAUAUAAAAUGUACUUAUCU